AUGCCGCGGAAAGGCCGAGGGACGAUUCAGUCCGUCGACUUUGAUACGGAUGCCAACGUAUCUUCUCAGCUAGACGAGAAGUACGAUGAUGGCCUGUCCCUGUUCGAUGCGGGGAUAUGGAGCUCCAAAGGCCCCAGUACCAGUGCGCCACGUGUCAAUGUGGUAAGGAGUGCGAUGGUCCAUGGCUCGUGGGCGUGGGCCGGCUGGACAGAUGGCAAUCAAUGGACGCAAGUAUUUUCACUAGCACAGAGCUCGUCAGCGCUACGCUGGGGUCUCAUAAAAGGCCUGUGCCUCAGCAGCCUUGUCUCGGCGUUGGUCUACGUAUUCAGUUUGACUGUCCUGCCGGAAUGGGAGAAAGAGGAAAUUUGGCCUGAUAUGUCGGUCCAAGAAACGUCGUGGCUGGAUCCAGAGCAGUGGAUCGGCUCCGUAGGAAGCACGUUUUGGCUGUACCCCCUCAUUGCCGGCAGCUAUCUUAUGGCAUCGUCGUGGAGUGUAGGUGUGGCUGAAUCCGCGUUCCUAGCGCACAAUAUUCGGCCAUCACCACGUAAAGAGUAUGGCGUGUUUUGGCUCGAGCAGCUUGUACGUCUUGUGCUGAUUGUGAAUUAUUCUAUCGCCUGUUUUGCGAUUCAAAUGGUGCCGUGGAUCGGCCCGGCGUGUGCGUUCCUCCUGAUGUCGUUUGUCGACGGGUACUUUUGCUUCGAGCAGGUAUGGGUCGUGCGUGGCUGGUCGAUGGAGAAGCGCCUACGGUUCGCCGAGUCGCAUUGGUCGUACCUGAUUGGCUUCGGCAUUCCCUCGACGUUGGUCUCGUUCUUCCAUCCCAGUGGCCUUCUGAACAUGAUGCUGUUCAUGCUGGUAUUCCCCUUCUGCACCAUCCUAGCCUUCCUCGGCGAUCCGCAGCCACAAAGUACGUCGUUUGGCGCGCAAACGGUCACGCUCCCGGCCGCUGCGCACGCCAUGCGAGAUCGACAUUUGUCGCUGCUGCUCCCUGUACGCAUCCCUCUGUUCUGGCCGACGGUGCUGUGCCGCCGCUGGCUACAAGCACGUGGUGGACCGCCUGUUCCUUCGAAGCAUGGAUUGGCGUCGUCGAAGAAGCGGGAGGAUGUGCUGUCACCUGCCUCGCGCUCUGCAGCGUCGUUUGUGGGGGGAGCCUGGUCGAAUCCUACCUCGGGUGUCGCGAGCGAUGUGGACGACGUGUACGUAUCGGGUGUGCGCCGUGGUAGCAGUGCUAUGCAUACGCCCGUCUUGCGCCAAACGCCGUCGAUGCCUGAUACGCCUGUCCUCCCUGACUCGCCCACGUCAAUGUACAGUGCCAACAGCUCGAUCCCGCCUUCGCCAGCAAUGUCACAAGGCAGCACAUUUGGUACACCCUUUCUCUCGCAAAGCGCCACGUUUGGUGGGCCAGCACCAGGGUCGAUUCCCGCUUCACCGGCCAUGCCCAUGUCGCCGACCAUGCGUCAGGCCAGCGAUGGAUUUACAGCUGUGCCGAUGGCGCGACAAAUGAGUGGUCCUUUGUCAGCAACCAGCAUGCUUCGUCGACCCAGUGAGACGGGUCCCAUGCCACUUUCCCCGGGCUUGCGGCAGCCUAGUAGUGGCCUACCCGGGUCCCCAGCUAUGCGCAAGAUGAGCGGCACGUUUACGAGCCAGCCGAUGGUGCGCCAAACGAGCAAUGCGUUCCCUGUGUCGCCCUCGAUUCGUCAGCGUGCCGAAGGACUGCCUGGCUCGCCGGCCUUGGCUCCGCCAUCCACAUCAGCGUCCAACACCGCGCCCAACUCACCUCGUAUGCCGACCUCGCCCUCGAUGCGACGGCCCAGCGAUGUGGGGAUGUCGCCCACAGCGCGACGGCCGAGUGUAGUGAUGCCUACGUCGCCGUCCCUACGUCAAACGAGCGGUUCGUUGGCCAAGUCGCCCUCCGCCCGCAUGCCACCACACAGCCCGACACCCCUCUCGCCGACGCGUAGCACAUUUAAUGUGGGGCCUCGUUCGCCGACCCACACGAGCUUUGCAGCGGCCUCGAUCGAUAUGGCGCUUGCGUCGUCAAACGACGAAGCGCUCGAUGUAGACGAAGAAGAGGACGUAGCGAUCCUCGUCCCGACAGAGAAAAAAGAUGCGUGA